GUUCUCUCUCCCCUCUCUCUGUCUCUCUCUCUAGAGCCUCUUCCGUCCGUGGCGACCGAGCUAACCCUAACCGAGAUUAGACUGCCAUCCCCAAUCUCCGGGAGGAGAACGACGAAGGCGACGAGAUGCUGAGGGUUGCGGGGAGGAGGCUCUCGUCUUCCCUCUCCUGGCGCCCCGCCGCGGCAGCCGGAGCCAGGGGGGCACUCGCUGGCGCCGGCGGCUCCGGGAGAGAUGACGAUGGCUCGGCGCGCCAGCCUCGGUUCGCCAUCGAGUCCCCCUUCUUCUCCGCCGCGAGAGGUUUUUCUUCGACUGAAACACUCGUUCUACAGAACCAAGAUGCUGGUUUGGCUGAACUACCAGCAACUGUGGCUGCACUGAAGAACCCUAACUCAAAAGUGCUUUAUGACCAGUACAACCAUGAGAGAUAUCCUCCUGGGGAUCCCAGCAAGCGUGCUUUUGCCUACUUUGUUCUGAGUGGUGGGAGAUUUGUAUAUGCAUCACUGCUGCGUCUCCUUGUCUUGAAGUUUGUCCUGAGUAUGUCGGCAAGUAAGGAUGUGCUUGCCCUUGCUUCCCUUGAGGUUGAUCUAUCCAGCAUCGAACCUGGCACCACGGUGACUGUGAAGUGGCGUGGAAAGCCAGUCUUCAUCAGGCGACGAACGGAUGACGACAUUAAACUGGCCAACAGUGUGGAUGUUGCAUCCCUACGCCACCCGCAGCAGGAUGCAGAGCGUGUGAAGAACCCAGAGUGGCUGGUGGUUAUCGGUGUCUGCACACACCUUGGUUGCAUUCCCCUCCCCAACUCUGGAGACUUCGGUGGCUGGUUCUGCCCAUGCCACGGUUCGCACUACGACAUCUCUGGCAGAAUCCGCAAGGGCCCUGCCCCGUUCAACCUGGAGGUUCCUACAUACAGUUUCUUGGAGGAGAACAAGCUGCUGAUAGGCUAAGAGCCUAAUACUAGUACCUACCAAAACACAUGUUCUCCACAGGGGUGAAUCCCUGUUGCGCUGUUAUUUUGUUUUCGAUGUGGCUAGAAGUUUUACUUAACGACUAUUGUCACAGUGAAGAUCCUGUUGUCUACCAAAGUGCAUUUUGCAGUGCAAAAAUAAUUAUUUCUACUAUGUUGCUACUGAAAUGUAUGUUUUUGAAACUGAUAUUCUGGGACACUAUAGGAAGGAUACCUGAGUGCCUUUUCUGGACCUUCCUCCUUUUAGUGAUGAAUAAGCAGACAUAAUAUUCUUCCGUU